AUGCCAACGGAGGACGUGGAGUCCCAAAAGCCAGCCCCGAAGGUUGAUCCCCACGAUUCGGAAGAUGACUUGGCCCUCAAGCCUCAGCCGUCAAAUGGCUACGGUAUUUCAACAUGGCGGAAAUCACUCAUUCUGUUCAUUGUCAGCUGGAUGACUCUGGCUGUGACAUUUUCCAGCACUUCUUUGCUGCCUGCAACCCCCGAGAUCGCUACGGAGUUCUCGACGACAUCGGAGCUUCUCAAUGUCACUAAUGCCGGCGUGCUACUUGCCAUGGGGUUCUCCUCCCUCAUUUGGGGCCCAAUUGUCAACAUCUUCGGGCGUCGAAAUGCCUACAAUGCCGCCAUAUUGGUGCUUUGUGCCUGCUCGGCCGGCACCGCCGUAGCGACGACCUUGCAGAUCUUUAUCGCAAUGCGCAUUUUGAGUGGAUUUACCGGAACAUUUUUCAUGGUCGCUGGACAGACCAUCAUAGCAGAUAUUUUUGAGCCGGUAGGGCCAUGUAUUGGUGGAAUUAUAGUUACAUUUGCACAGUGGCGCAUCAUCUACUGGGUGCAAUUUGGGAUGACAUUACUGGGACUCAUAUUGUCUCUUCUCUUCGUGCCCAGUGUACAAGAAAAGAAUUUAGUCAUUGGCUCUGGCCAGCCUUGGAAAAUCACCACCAUCCUGAAUAUGUUCAACCCUUUGCGCAUCUUCCGCCAGUUCAUUUAUCCAAACGUUUUCAUUGCUUGCCUUACCUGCGGUCUUCUUUCCACUUUCCAAUAUGCCAUCUUGACAUCAGCCCGCUCCAUUUUCAACCCCCGAUUCAAUCUGACUUCCCCCCUCGUCAGCGGUCUGUUUUAUCUUUCUCCGGGAAUCGGAUUCCUUGUUGGCAGUGUCGUUGGUGGCAAGCUGUCUGACCGUGCUGUGAAGAAAUGGAUUCUCAAACGAAAUGGUGUUCGGUUGCCCCAAGACCGAUUGAACAGUGGCCUCGCCACGCUAUUUGGAGUUUUGCCAGCUGCAACCCUAAUUUACGGUUGGACGUUAGAGGAGGAAGUGGGCGGAAUGGCGGUUCCGAUCAUUGCGGCUUUCUUCGCAGGGGCGGGACUUAUGGGCGCGUUCAAUGCCCUUAAUACCUACUCAGCCGAGGCUAGGCCCCAGGCUCGCUCAGAGACCAUUAGCUGCAAGUAUAUUGUGCAGUACAUUUUUGCUGCCGCGGCCACCGCGGCCGUUGAGCCGCUGAUCAAUGCCAUCGGAGUGGGGUGGACAUUUACUAUUUGUGUUUUCUUUGCCAUUAUCGGUGGUUUCCUUGUUCUCGCCAUCAUCAGGUGGAGCACUGGAAUGCAAACAUGGGCCGAGAGAACAUUCGACCGUAACAAGGAGCCUCAAGCUUGA